UCUGCUUUGUCUUUUCCUAAAACCCUCGCUGGUCUUUGUCACCACCGUUGUUGAAAAUUUUCCAUGAACAGUAUCUUUGCAAUGACAAAAACCCCAUUUUUUCAUUAACAAUGAACCUUAAAUGCUUCCCUCUUAGAACCCUUCUUUCCUUUUCCUCUUCUCCAUCCUUAUAUUCACUUUCAAUCUUCAUUUCCCAUUUCUCCACUUCCCAAACCCAGCCUUUCCAUUCCAAUUCUUUGUCGCACAGCCACGAUGAGGAGUCAAGGCACGUUAAGGUUUCGGUUUGGUGGGAUUUUGAGAACUGCCAUUUGCCUGCAGGUGUCAAUGUGUUUAAGAUUGCUUAUAUGAUCACUGCCGCUGUCAGGGCCAAUGGAAUUAAAGGUCCUGUUCAGAUUACGGCUUUCGGAGACAUUUUGCAACUUUCUAGAGCUAACCAGGAGGCGCUUUCUUCCACUGGAAUUAACCUUGCUCAUGUCCCCAGUGGUGGAAAGAAUAGUGCUGAUAGAUCACUUCUGGUUGAUCUUAUGUAUUGGAUUACCCAAAAUCCUCCUCCAGCACAUCUCCUUUUAAUCUCUGGUGACCGCAACUUUGCCAGCAUAUUGCAUAGAUUACGGAUGAACAACUACAACAUACUGCUUGCUAGUCCAGAAUCUGCUCCUAGCGUUCUUUGCAGUGCUGCCAGUAUUAUUUGGAAUUGGAAUUCACUGCUCAAAGGAGAGAACCUGACUGGAAAUCACUAUAAUCAACCUCCUGAUGGCCCUCAUGGUUCUUGGUAUGGCCAUUACAAGGUGCCUCUGGAAGACCCAUUUUUAGUUGAACAACCAGCCUUUCCAUGGACUGAAGAAUUAUUGGAGGGUUGUUCAGAUUCUAAGCCUCGGCCAGUUCCAAAGGCAGUUACAAAGCAGAUUUGUCAGAUUUUGGACUCUUACCCAAAGGGAAUUUCCAUUUCAGACCUUCGUUCUGAGUUGAUCAGAAGUAAGGUUGGCCUUGAUAGAGACUUAUAUGGUUAUAAAAAGUUCUUCCGCUUUCUUUUAUCCAUGCCACACAUUUUGAGGCUCCAGUCUGAACGUGAUGGUCAGUUUUUUAUACGUGGAAUUACCCCAAAAGCUAGCGAACUAUCUGAGACUAGUCCAUGUUUAUCAGCAGGACUUGUCUUUAGAAAUGGAGAAGGGCUCACAUUUUCAUCUAGAUCGAGUGGUGAUGACAGGUCAGUUGGUGCUGCUCUAAAUGGUAAGUCUAAAUUGCAUCAUUCCCCUGAAGUUAAUGCUGGAGAUACUCCAAGAAAGGUACAGCAAACUCGUCCAGAAAAUAAUAAUCUUGUUAAAGUAAAUGCAGAAAAGCCUCCAGAGGAAGUCCAACAGCCCCUUACAGUUUGUCAGAAGAUUGCUGAAGCUUCUAAUGAUCAGGUUACUGAGAGUCAUCAGGUUCCUAUGCUGGAACAAGAUUCUGCAUCUGAAGUAAGUUUCAUUAGAAAAGUCUGGCAAAGAUGGCUUGGUGGUAGCAAUGGCAAUUCCGAGGUAAAAAGUCAUCACCUUCCAGAAAAACAUGGUGAUUCUGAAGGUAGCUCUCAAAAACGAAAUGACAAUACUCUGAAAAAAGGCGCUGGGGUUAGCUCUGAAAGGGAAGGAAUGAAGGAAGAGUGUGAGGAAAAGUCAUGUGAGGUUGCUUAUACAGUGACCGUUUCUUCAUCAAGUAAUGACUCAACUGUGGACAAUAAAGCAAGUGUUGAAGCAGGUGCAAACCCCUCUGGAAAGAGGUCAGGUUUGUUUAAUCGGAUUGCCAACUGGUGUAAAUUUUGGAGAAGUAGCCAAGACUCUGAGGCAUCAAGUGAUCAAUCCUUUGAAAAGCACAACCAAACAAACACUAAUUCUUUAAAGCUUGAGGUUUUUACUCAGGGUUCCUUCUGGAAGGACAUGGAAAUCUUACUGGACUCACCUAGGGGAUCAUUUCUUGUCAUACAGUCUAGGACAAGGGAAGAGAUGGCAGAAAAUCUACUGAAGGAAGGACCGUUGGCUCUUAGAUCUCUGAGUAAUGCUGAUUUACUUGAAUUGGUGGAUUUGUUAAUAUCAAAUAAGAAAUGGAUCGAAGAAUGCCCCUCCCAAACUUCUCCUUUCAGGAUCACUAGGGCUGUUGAGAAAAGUCCUGGUUUGGAUCAUUCACAUGCAGUGAAUGGGUUGAGAUCAAUCUUUAUGCGAACUCCAUCACAAGCAAACCUGCAGCCAAAGCACGAAGGAGAGAAAAAGUUGCAGAAUAUUCCUCAUUCUAGAAUUUCAUCUACCAUCAUCAAUAAGAAAUCUUCUGAUCGUUCUAGAUGUGAGAUAUUGGCUGACUGUCAAAAACUUGUGAAAGAGAUACUAAAGGAACACCCUGAAGGAUAUAAUAUGUGCACCUUCAGGCAACUGUUCCUUGAGAGGUAUGGUUAUCCUCUUGAUACACAAAAGCUUGGUUACAAAAAGUUAGCAUCCCUGCUAAAGAUAAUACCUGGGAUUAAAAUAGAGUCCUCCUACUUAUUUCCUGCAAGUAUGGUUCCUGACAAUUCUGGCCUGGAAACUGCUGUUUCUAACAUUCGAGAAAAUACAAGUCAUGAAUUAGGGAAUGCAGCUUGUAAAUUGCCUGAUUCAUCAACAAAGGGUGAUGAUUUUGACUCUGCAUGGGAUGAAUUAGGACCUUUUCCAACACAAGGUUAAACAGAAAGGAACU